AUGGGCACUACACCGAGUGAUCAAAACUCUUCUGAGGUGGCUAUGUGCGACUCACAAGAUAAAACAGGGAAGAUUGUUCCUUACACAGCUUUUUCAGUUUCUUAUCGCUGGUAUCUAACCUACCUACUUGGCUUCCUUUGUCUUGCAUCUUCACUCACAGCCAACAUAUAUUUUCCACUUAUCAAUCUCCUUGCAGAGAACUACGAUACUUCUAUACAAGGAAUCAACCUCACGAUAACCCUCUACAUUGUCGUUCAGGGAAUCUCACCUUCCAUUUUCUCGCCGUUGUCAGAUCAAUGGGGUAGAAGACCAGUCUAUCUCUUGAGCUCUGCAAUAUACGCCAUUGGCUCUCUAGGUCUAGCUUUCAGCGGUCAUAGCUAUGUAGCCUUACUGUUGUUAAGAGCACUCCAGAGCAUGGGUGGUAGCGCCACGUUGUCACUUGCUUAUGCUGUUGUGGCCGACUUUGCUCCACAUUCGCAAAGAGGACGCUUUCUAAGCCCUAUGAUGACAGCCACCAACAUUGGGCCUUGUAUCGGACCAGUGAUUGGCGGAGGAGCCAUACUUGCCACCGGUAACGUGAGAUGGGCUUUUUGGACACUGGUCAUCUUCGGAUUUACUUCACUAGCGCUCAUUGGGUUCACAAUGCGCGAGACGAACCGGAACGUGGUGGGCAAUGGUGAAAUUGCGGCACAUGGAGUAUGGAGGGCUUGGUUUGAUACAUGGAAUUUGAAACGGCGGAGUAACAAUCGAAACCACGAAGAAGGGUCAAGAAAAUCGAAUCUGAACCAUUCGUCAUAUGCACAUGACGAGAAACACGGCGAUUCUCCAGUACUCAAUGGUCCAGUUUCUGGGAACGAAGCUUGCAACAACAAUGAAGAAGCCGGAAAUUUCAACAACGGCAAGACGGGGAAAGGAGUUUUCAAGUUUCCCAAUCCAUUCGCAUCCCUCAGAUUACUUUUAAUGAAGGAUGCCUUGACAGUCCUGUGUCUGGCAGCAUCCCCGUACGCUAGUUGGUAUACGAUCACAACCAGCAUACCUCUCAUAUAUGGAUCGGAAUACGGCUUCAACGAUCUUCUAGUUGGCUGCUGCUAUCUUACUGGAGGUGCCGGGAUUAUCUUGGGUGGAUUCGUGGCAGGGAGAAUGAUGGAUUGGAAUUACAAGUAUACUGCUAGGAAAGUUGGGAUCGAGAUCGACGAGGUUGUAGGAGAUGACCUCCAGAAUUUUCCGAUCGAACACGCUCGAUCACGGGGAUUCUAUACAAUCAUAUCAGCCUCAACUCUGGUGUUUGUUGGUUUUGGUUGGGCAGUACAAUAUCACGUCCACCCCGCCGUUCCCCUCUUGCUACAAUUCUACCUGGGCGCCAAAUGUACAGUUACACACCAGACUUACAGCGCUCUGUUAGUCGACAUAUUUCCAGCUAACGCUGGUGCGGCGGGAGCAUCCAACAACAUCUGUCGUUGUGCUUUAUCUGCUUUGGCUGUAGCGGUGCCGCAGCCGCUUGUUCAAAACAUUGGGCGAUCCUGGUACUUUACCCUGGUAGGGCUGCUGGACGGAGUGGGCUCUCUAGUCGGGAUUUAUGUGCUUCGAAGGUGGGGAGCAACUUGGAGGGCUGAAAGACAGAAUUUGUGA